UCAAAUCAAUGGUUUUGAUUAGCAAAAGUCAAUAGUAUAUCUCAACCUAUAAAAAUAUGCAUCGGUCAAACAUGUUCCCUCACAAACCAUAAAACACACGACAACAUGUAUGUAACAAGGGCUUUGUCGGAGUACCGGAAAACCCCAUCGGAGCUCAAGAAGCCACCACCUGAAGGUCCAAACUCUGGUGUGCUUGUGAUUCAAGACGAAGAAUCGUUGACUACUUGUUGCUUCGGUUUGUGCAACGAAACUCUCUUCAGAGGAUUACCGUUUCCACAAAGCGCAGCGUUGACCGUUAUACACAACUACGGUUCACAUAGAGACAACGUUCGUCGUGAUCCGGCUGUGUUCAUACCUGUUCUUAGCCAACCUCUAUCUUCUAACCGUUACUACACUUAUGAACGGUGCGGGUACUAUUCGAGAGAAUCAUCUACUAGCACUGAAAGAGAGGUGGAGAGAGUAACAUGCUGCUUCUGCAUCAGAUUCAAUCAUGUUCAUAGGUAUAAGAAGCCACAACCAGAUCCUUAUGACAUUCAUCAACAAGUUGUGAUCACAACUACAUCAUCACCUUCCUGUUCUUACUAUCACGCCAAACCCGCUGAUCCCAAUGCUAUACUUCCUGCAUACCUCAUGAGUAGCUGGACGUUAGAAAACAGGACUUCAACCUUACGUCUCAUAGAUGAUGCCAAAGGUCUAAAUGUAGAGCUUCGUUCUAAGCUUCCUGGUCUUGAUAUGAGCGUUGUUGUAGGGAAAUGGUAUGUCCCUUUCUUGUUUGUGAAGGAAGGAGACAUAAUAGAUCAAGUGAAGAUAUCAAUGUAUUACAACAUGACCCUUCAUCAAAGAUGGGAAGAGGUUUUCUUCUAUGAGAAUGUUCACAACGAAGAUUGUAUUCAGGUUGCCGUUGAUGUGGAUCUUGAAGCUCAAGUGAUUAAAGUUGAGGGACAAAAGAUUAAUAUAGAAACAACAAAUUUGGAUGCUAAAGGGAUUGUUUGGUUCCAAGUUUUAGAUCAUGAAGGAAAAAACAAGAAGAUAGGUUUAAGGUCAAUGAUUGUUGAGAGGAUGGAAAGCGAAGAGAAGAUCUUUGGAUGGAAGAAGAUAGAUGGAAACCGAGUGACGGUUAAGAGAUUGGAUCGAUUUGAAUGUGGUUCAUCGCAUUGGAAGAGUUAUAAAUGUUAUGUGUUGGUAGAGAGCUUUGAGCUGAAGAGAAUGGAUGAGAGUUUGGUGUUGACAUAUGAGUUUAGACAUGCUGAUAAGUUGAGGACUAUCCAAUACUGAAUUGAGCUUCUUCCCUUUCAGCUUAUGCUUUAU